CUGGACGUGAAUUAUGUGUCCUGAAGCCUCCAGGCCUUAAGCUGCAGCCGCUCCUUCCAGCUCCCUCCCCGAAAGUCAAGCCCAGUGAGAGAAAGUCAAGAUGUCACCUAAUAUAAAUUGGAAAGAAAUCAUGAAAGUCGAUCCGGAUGACUUGCCUAGACAAGAAGAAUUGGCAGAUAAUUUACUGGUUUCUUUAUCCAAAGUGGAAGCAAAUGAGCUAACGAAUGAAAGUCAAGAAAAUGUGAUUCACCUUUUUCGAGUGACUCAGUCGCUAAUGAAGAUGAAAGCUCAAGAAGUAGAGCUGGCUUUGGAAGAAGUUGAAAAAGCUGGUGAAGAACAAGCAAAAUUUGAAAACCAGUUAAAAACUAAAGUAAUGAAAUUGGAAAAUGAACUAGAGAUGGCACAGCAUUCUGUAGGUGGGCGUGACACUCGGUUUUUACGUGAAGAAAUUCGCCAACUUGAAAAGCAAUUGGAACAAAAAGAUAGAGAAUUAGAAGACAUGGAAAAGGAGUUGGAGAAAGAAAAGAAAGUUAAUGAACAAUUGGCUCUUCGAAAUGAGGAGGCAGAAAAUGAAAACAGCAAAUUAAGAAGAGAGAACAAACGUCUAAAGAAAAAGAAUGAACAACUUCGGCAAGAUAUUAUUGACUAUCAGAAACAAAUAGAUUCACAGAAAGAGACACUUUUAUCCAGAAGAGGCGAAGACAGUGAUUACCGAUCACAGUUGUCUAAAAAAAAUUAUGAGCUUGUUCAAUAUCUGGAUGAAAUUCAGACUUUAACUGAAGCCAAUGAGAAAAUUGAAGUUCAGAAUCAAGAAAUGAGAAAAAAUUUAGAAGAAUCUGUACAAGAAAUGGAGAAGAUGACUGAUGAAUACAAUAGGAUGAAAGCACUUGUGCAUCAGACAGAUAGUAUGAUGGAUCAAUUGAAAAAAGAGAAUGAUCAUUAUCGACUCCAAGUCCAGGAGCUUACAGAUCUUUUGAAAGUCAAAAAUGAAGAAGAUGAUCCAAUCAUGGUAGCUGUCAAUGCAAAAGUAGAAGAAUGGAAGUUAAUUUUGUCUUCAAAAGAUGAUGAAAUUAUUGAAUAUCAGCAAAUGUUACAUAACCUGAGGGAAAAAUUAAAAAAUGUCCAGCUUGAUGCAGAUAAAAGUAACCUUAUGGCUCUACAGCAGGCUAUACAAGAAAGAGAUAGUCAGAUUAGUAUGCUCACUGAACAAGUAGAACAAUAUACAAAAGAAAUGGAGAAAAACACUUUUAUUAUUGAAGAUUUGAGAAAUGAGCUCCAAAGAAACAAAGGUACAUCAACACUUUCUCAACAGACUCAUUAUAUGAAAAUUCAAUCCAAGGUUCAGAUUUUAGAAGAGAAAACAAAAGAGGCAGAAAGAAUAGCUGAAUUGGCUGAGGCUGAUGCUAAGGAAAAGGAUAAAGAGCUGGUUGAGACUUUGAAGAGAUUGAAGGAUUAUGAAUCGGGAGUAUACGGUUUAGAAGAUGCUGUUAUUGAAAUAAAAAAAUGUAAAAAUCAGAUUAAAAUCAGAGAUCGAGAGAUUGAAGGAUUGACAAAGGAAAUCAAUAAAUUUGAGUUGAAGAUGAAUGAUUUCCUUGAUGAAAAUGAGGCACUUCGAGAACGUGUUGGUCUUGAACCGAAGACAAUGAUUGAUUUAACUGAAUUCAGAAACAGUAAAAGCUUAAAACAGCAACAAUAUAGAGCUGAAAACCAAGUUCUUUUGAAAGAGAUUGAAAGUCUAGAGGAAGAACGACUUGAUUUGAAAAGAAAGAUUCGCCAAAUGGCACAAGAGAAAGGAAGAAGAAAUGCAGCUUCAGGGCUAACUGAUGAGCAUCAGAACCUAACUGAAGACUUUUCUCAAGAGCAUAGACUAGGAGAAAGAAAAAUUGAUUCUGUGAAUCUCAAAAAUGUGAAUGAAACACAGUCAAAGAAUGAGUUUCUUUCAAGAGAACUAAUUGAAAAGGAAAGAGAUUUAGAAAGAAGUAAAACAGUAAUUGUCAAAUUUCAAAAUAAAUUAAAAGAAUUAGUUGAAGAAAAUAAGCAACUUGAAGAAGGUAUGAAGGAAAUAUUGCAAGCUGUUAAGGAAAUGCAGAAAGAUCCAGAUAUUAAAGGAGGAGAAACAUCUCUAAUUAUCCCUAGUCUUGAAAGACUAGUUAAUACUAUAGAAACAAAGAAUUCAGAAGGAAUCUUUGAUGCCAGUCUGCAUUUGAAAGCCCAAGUUGACCAGCUUACUGGAAGAAAUGAAGAAUUAAGACAGGAGCUCAGAGAGUCUCGGAAGGAGGCCAUCAGUUAUUCUCAGCAGUUGGCAAAAACAAAUUUAAAGAUAGAUCAUCUUGAAAAAGAGAUCAGUCUUUUACGGCAAUCAAAAGGCUCCAAUGUGGUUUUUAAAGGAGUGGACUUGCCUGAUGGGAUUGCUCCUUCUAGUGCCAGUAUUAUUAAUUCUCAGAAUGAGUAUUUAAUACAUCUCUUACAGGAACUAGAAUGUAAAGAAAAGAAUUUUAAGACUUUAGAAGAUCAUCUUGAAGACUAUAACAGAAGAUUUGCAGUAAUCCGUCAUCAGCAAAGCUUAUUGUAUAAAGAAUACCUAAGUGAAAAGGAGACAUGGAAAACAGAAACUGAAAGUUUAAAAGUAGAAAAGAAAAAACUUGAAGACCAAAUCCAACAAGAUGCUAUAAAAGUAAAAGAAUAUAAUAAUUUACUCAGUGCCCUUCAGAUGGAUUCAGAUGAAGUGAAAAAGACACUUUGUGAAAAUAGUAGAAAAAUCACAGUCUUGCAAGUGAAUGAAAAGUCACUCAUAAGACAAUAUACUACAUUAGUAGAAAUGGAGCGACAACUUAGGAAAGAAAAUGAGAAGCAGAAAAAUGAACUCAUAUCAAUGGAGGCUGAAGUUGGUGAAAAAAUUGGACAUUUACAACGAUUUAAGGAAAUGGCUGUUUUCAAGAUUGCUGCUCUCCAGAAAAUUAUAGAUAAUAGUGUCUCUUUGUCAGAACUUGAAUUGGCAAAUAAACAAUACAAUGAAUUGACUGCUAAAUACAGAGACAUCUUGCAAAAAGAUAAUUUUCUUGUUCAAAGAACAAGUAACUUAGAACAUGUAGAGUGUGAAAAUGCAUCUCUGAAAGAACAAAUGGAAAUUUUAAAUAAAGAACUAGAAAUUACAAAGGAAAAGCUUCAUACUGUUGAACAAGCCUGGGAACAAGAAGCAAAAAUAGGAGAUGAAUCUAAUAUGGAUAAGGCAAAGAAAUCAAUAACCAACAGUGAGAUUGUUUCUAUUUCAAAAAAAAUUACUAUGCUGGAAAUGAAGGAACUAAAUGAAAGGCAGCGGGCUGAACAUUCUCAAAAAAUGUAUGAACACAUAAGGACUUCAUUAAAGCAAAUGGAAGAACGUAAUUUUGAAUUGGAAGCCAAAUUUGCUGAGCUUACCAAAAUCAAUAUGGAAGCACAAAAGGUGGAACAGAUGUUAAGAGAUGAACUAGCUGACAGUGUGAGCAAGUCAGUGAGUGAUGCUGAUAGACAGCGGAUUCUAGAAUUAGAGAAGAGUGAAAUGGAGCUCAAAGUUGAAGUGUCCAAACUGAAAGAAAUUUCUGACAUUGCCAAAAGACAAGUUGAAAUUUUAAAUGCACAGCAGCAUUCCAGGGAAAAGGAAGUAGAGUCUGUGAGAAUGCAGCUGUUAGACUAUCAGGCCCAGUCAGAUGAAAAAGCAUUGAUUGCCAAGUUGCAUCAACAGAUUGUGUCUCUCCAAAUUAGUGAAGCUACUGCUCUGAGUAAAUUGGAGUCAGUUACCUCCAAACUGCAGAAGAUGGAGACCUGUAAUUUGCGUUUAGAGCAGAAACUUGAUGAGAAAGAUCAGGCUCUUUAUUAUGCUCGUCUGGAGGGGAGAAAUAGAGCGAAACAUCUUCGGCAAACAAUUCAGUCUCUCCGAAGACAGUUUAGUGGGGCAUUACCCUUGGCACAGCAGGAGAAGUUCUCCAAGACAAUGAUCCAGUUACAAAAUGACAAACUGAAGAUAAUGCAAGAAAUGAAAAAUUCUCAACAGGAGCAUAGAAAACUGGAGAAUAAGACAUUGGAGAUGGAAUUAAAGCUUAAGGGGUUAGAAGAGUUAAUAAGUACUUUAAAGGAUGCUAGGGGAGCCCAAAAGGUAAUCAAUUGGCAUAUGAAAAUGGAAGAACUUCAUCUUCAAGAGCUGAAAUUGAAUCGAGAGAUAGUCAAAGAUAAAGAGGAGAUAAAAUAUUUGAAUAAUAUAAUUUCUGAAUAUGAGCAUACGAUCAAUAAUCUGGAAGAAGAAAUUGUGCAGCAGAACAAGUUUCAUGAAGAAAGGCAGAUGGCUUGGGAUCAAAGAGAAGUAGAACUGGAGCGUCAACUAGAUGCUUUCAGUCAUCAGCAAAAUGAAAUACUCAAUGCAGCACAAAAGUUUGAAGAGACUACAGGAUCACUGCCUGACCCCAGUUUGUCCCUUCCAAAUCAACUUGAGAUUGCUCUAAGAAAAAUAAAGGAGAAUAUUCGAAUAAUCUUAGAAACACAGGCAGCUUGCAAGUCACUAGAGGAGAAGCUAAAAGAAAAAGAAUCUGCUUUAAAGUUAGCAGAGCAGAAUAUUUUGUCAAGAGACAAGGUUAUCAAUGAACUAAGGCUUCGAUUGCCUGUCACCACUGAACAUGAAAAGCUUAUAGCUGAGCUAGACAGGAAAGAAGUGGAGCCGAAAUCCCAUCAUACAUUGAAAGUUUUGCAGCAGAUCAUUGCAAAUAUGCAAGCCAGGUUAAAUCAGAAGGAAGAAGUAAUAAAGAAGAAUCAGCAUCUCCUUGAAAAGGCCAGAGAGGAGCAAAGAGAAAUUGUUAAGAAGCACGAGGAAGACCUUCAUAUUCUUCAUCACAAAUUAGAACUACAGGCUGAUAGUUCACUCAAUAAAUUCAAACAAACCACGUGGGAUUUAUUAAAACAGUCUCCUACACCAGUUCCUACCAAUAAGCAUUUUAUUCGUCUGGCUGAGAUGGAAAAGACAGUAGCAGAACAAGAUGAUUCUCUUUCCUCACUUUUGAUGAAACUUAAAAAAGUAUCCCAAGAGUUAGAGAAACAAAAAGAAGUCACUGAGUUAAAAGUCAAAGAAUUUGAAAAUGUUAAGUUGCGGCUCCAAGAAAGCCAUAGUGAUGAAGUCCGAAAAGUGAAGGCAGAAAUAGAAGAUUUAAAGUGUCUUCUGGCUCAAUCACAAAAGGAAUCACAAAAUUUAAAAUCUGAACUUCAAGCUCAAAAAGAAGCAAAUUCAAGAUCUCCAACAACUACUAUGAGAAAUCUGGUAGAUCGGCUAAAGAGUCAGUUAGCCUUGAAAGAGAAACAACAGAAAGCACUUAGUCGAGCACUUCUAGAACUCCGGGCAGAAAUGACAGCAGCAGCUGAGGAGCGAAUUAUUUCUGUUACUUCUCAGAAGGAAGCAAAUCUCAAUGUCCAACAGAUUGUUGAUCGACAGACUAGAGAGUUGACGUUACAAAUUGAAGAUUUAAGUGAAAAUAUUUCAAAAUUGAAAGAAGCUCUUAAAACAAGUAAGAAUAAAGUAAACUUACUUACGGAUAAUUUGAAUGACUUAACCAGCGAACUGCAAAAAAAACAAAAAGCGUAUAAUAAAGUGCUGAAAGAAAAAGAUGAAGUUGAUCAAGAGAAUGAUGACUUAAAAAGGCAAAUUAAAAGACUAACUAAUGGAUUACAGAGCAAACCCCUGAUUGAUAACAAGCAGAGCUUAAUUGAAGAACUCCAAAAGAAAAUUAAAAAGCUAGAAAGCCAACUGGAAAGAAAAGUAGAUGAGGUAGAAGUAAAGUCUGUGAAAGAAAAGAAUGCUAAAGAAGAAUUAAUUAGGUGGGAAGAAGGUAAAAAAUGGCAAGCCAAGAUAGAAGGAAUUCGAAACAAAUUAAAAGAGAAAGAAGGAGAAGUAUGCCAUCUUACAAAGCAGUUGAAUACUUUGAAGGAACUUUUUGCCAAAGCCGACAAAGAGAAACUUACUUUACAGAAGAAACUAAAAACAACUGGCAUGACUGUUGAUCAGAUUAUGGGAGUGCGUGCUCUGGAGUCAGAAAAAGAGCUCGAAGAAUUAAGAAAAAGAAAUCUCGACUUGGAAAAUGAUAUAUCAUAUAUGAGGACCCACCAAGCCCUGCCUCGUGAUUCUGUUAUAGAAGAUUUGCGUUUACAAAAUAGAUACCUACAAGAAAAACUUCAUGCUGUUGAAAAACAGUUUUCAAAGGAUGGCUAUUCUAGACCUGCAACUUCAGGAAUAGAGUCAGAUGAACAUUUUCAAAGAGAACAGGAGCUUCUAAAGGAAAAUUUGAAGUUAUCAUCGGAAAAUAUUGAACUAAAAUUUCAGCUUGAACAAGCAAAUAAAGAUUUGCCAAGACUAAAGAAUCAAGUUACCGAUUUGAAGGAAAUGUGUGAAUUUCUUAAGAAAGAGAAAGCAGAAAUUCAGAGGAAACUUGGCCAAGUCAGAGGGUCUGGUAGAAGUGGAAAGACAAUUCCAGAACUUGAAAAAACCAUUGGUUUGAUGAAAAAAGUAGUUGAAAAAGUCCAGAGGGAAAAUGAGCAGUUAAAAAGAGCAUCCGGAAUAUUGACCAGUGAAAAAAUGGUUAAUCUUGAGUCGGAAAAUGAAAAGUUGAAGACUGAACUAGAAAAACUUAAAGCCCACCUUGGACGUCAGCUGAGCAUGCGCUAUGAAUCCACGACUAAAGGCACAGAGAAAAUCAUUGCUGAAAAUGAAAGGCUUCGUAAAGAACUUAAAAAGGAAACAGAAACUUCUGAGAAAUUGCGGAUUGCUAAGAAUAAUUUAGAGAUAUUAAAUGAGAAGAUGACCAUUCAGCUGACAGAGAAGGGUAAGAGAUUGCAGUUUGCAGAAAGCAGAGGGCCACAACUUGAAGGUGCAGACAGCAAAAGCUGGAAAUCAAUUGUUGUGACAAGAAUGUAUGAAACCAAAUUAAAAGAAUUGGAAACUGAUAUUGCAAAAAAGUCACAGAGCCUUGUUGAUCUAAAGCAUCUUGUAAAAGAAGCAACAGAGAGGGAAGAAAAAGUUAAGAAAUAUACCAAAGACCUUGAGCAACAGAUUGAGUUUUUGAAACAUGUUCCAGAUGGUGCGAAGACAGAGCAAGGUCUCCAGCGGGAGCUUCAAGUUCUCAGAUUAGCUAACAAUCAGCUGGAAAAAGAAAGAACAGAAUUAAUCCAUCAGAUAGAAGCUUGUCACAGAGAGCAGAGAGGAGCUGAAAGUACCAGACACGAUCCUGAUGAAUUGAAGGAAAAGCUACAAGAUCUAGAGACACAACUUCAAGCCUCAGAUCUAGAAAAGCAGAGCUUAAAGGAGGAAAUACAAAAGCUGAAAAAAGAACUGGAAAAUGUUGAUCCUUCAUUUUUUGAAGAAAUUGAAGAUCUGAAGUAUAAUUACAAAGAAGAAGUGAAAAAAAAUAUUCUCUUAGAAGAGAAGUUGAAAAAACUCUCAGAAGAAUUCAGAGUUGAACUACCCAGUCCAGCUGCUGCUUCUGAACAGUUUGAAGAUGAAAAGGAAAAUUCUAAUUUUCCCAUUUAUUAAGAGUCACCUAUGACACUGGUUUUAACUUUGUUAACUUUAUGUUAAAAUUCCAUCUGGAAAUCAAGAAAGCUGUAUAAGUUACAUGAUUUCCUUCCCAAUAAUGUAUUGUCUAAAUUAGAAGUUUUAGUAAAGGAAUUUAUAUGAAGUUUUUAGCUCAUUCAGAAAUUAUAUAUUUUUAAAGACUUUUAAAUAGGUUGUGAUUAGCAAAUAGGCAAAGUGUUAUGGUGAACCUUCUGUACAUUUACUCUAAUUUCAAUUAAGUGUUUAAAAAGUGUGAGGUUGGGUCCCCCAAGUCAGGAGUGAUUUCUGAGCUCAGAGCCAGGAGUAACCCCUGAGUAUCACUGGGUGUGACCUAACAC